UCUGUAUCGUGUGCGCUUGUGCAGGUUCAUUCUAUUCCAGGGGCGAGUGUUAUUAUAAGGCCUAGAAUUUAAUGCACCUGCAUUGAGGGAAAAACAGCUCUGGUGAUUUAUACACUGUAACAAAUGCUAAUUUGACGUGUUAUUUGAAAACAACACACUCCGGAUAAAAAUGGCUGAAUUACCGAUGGGGAAAGGGGUAUCCGCAGGAAAAAUAGCAAGCAAUGUACAGAAAAAAAUUACCAGGGCUCAGGAAAAGGUUCUCCAAAAGCUUGGCAAGGCAGAUGAGACUAAAGAUCUGGCAUUUGAAGAGGGUGUGAUCAACUUCAACAAACAGCUGGUUGAGGGUACCAAACUGCAGAAAGACCUUCGGGCCUAUUUGACUGCUGUGAAAACCAUGCAUGAGUCUUCUAAACGUCUGUACGAGUGCCUGGAUGACAUGUAUGAAUCUGACUGGUAUGGAAGAAAGGACGUGGACUCACUCUUGGAGGAUUCAGACCUACUUUGGACAGACUUCCAUCAGAAACUUGUGGAUCAUGCGCUUAUAUCCAUGGACACUUACCUGGGCCAGUUUCCUGACAUCAAAGCCCGUAUUGCGAAGCGUGACAGGAAGCUGGUGGACUUUGACAGUGCACGACACAACUAUGCUGCUGUAAACAAAGGCAAGAAAAAAGAGGGGAUCAAGAUCACCAAGCCAGCUUCUCUGCUGGAGAGGGCCGCCCCAGGCUGGGCUCAGGGGAUCCUGUCUGCCCAUAAUGUGGCUCAAACCAGCCUCUCCAGGAGUCAGGCAGAGGAAGAGCUGGAGAGGGCACAGAAAGUGUUUGAGGAAAUUAAUAUAGAUUUGCAGGAGGAACUGCCAUCUCUGUGGAACAGUCGUGUUGGCUUUUAUGUGAAUACAUUCCAGAGUGUGGCUGGUUUGGAGGAGAAGUUUCAUAGAGAAAUGGGAAAAAUUAAUCAGAAUCUGAAUGAUACACUGGACAAAUUAGAAAAUCAAGAUAUGUCCAGACAAACAGGUAGCCAAGUGGUGAGGACAUCAACGGCCCAGAAGAGUGACAGAACACAAGAUGCCAAUCACACGUUGAGCCCAGGAGGACCACCAGCCAUUCCCAAAUCACCGUCCAAGCUAAGGCCUGCGGUUCCUCCACCUCCUAAAGUUACUCCAUCAAAGGAUAUGAAGCCGGAGAACAUUAUCAAUCUGUUUGGUGAGGCUGCCACUCCAGACAUCAGUGUCACUUCGCCAACACAGUAUGAUGCUCCAGCCACUGCUAAUCUACUGGAUAUGGAUCUGGACUCACUUCAGGCUGCCACCACACCAGCCGCACAGAAUUGGGAUGCAUGGGAGCAAGCAGACAAGGAAGCUGAGGUGCCUCAGACAUGGGACGAUGAAGGUACCCAGCCUGUGCACUCUGGCUGGGGCGAUGAUGGUACCCAGGCUACCUGGGAUGAUGAUGGUAGCCAACCUGUGCGUGCUCCGGCCGCAUACCCAACCUGGGAUGAUGAUGAUGGCUCUCAGCCUGUGCAGGGGAAUGACAAUGGUUCUACCCAGCAGGCCCAGGGGUGGGACGAUGAUGGGGCUCAGGCCACAGAAAAGGCAGCUGUUGUAGAAAAGGCAGCUGUUACAGAAGAGGCGGUACAAGAAACAGUAAAUGAUACUCCACAGGCGACCACUGAGAGCACAGAGAGUGUAGAGAUGCCAGAAUCCUUCCUGUUUAAAGUGAAAGCAAUGCACGACUACAAUGCCAAUGACUCCGAUGAGUUGGAGUUGAAGGCAGGAGAUGUGGUGUUGGUAGUGAACUAUGAAAGCCCAGACGAGCAGGAUGAAGGGUGGUUGAUGGGAGUCAAAGAGUCUGACUGGAUUCAGAAUAAAGAUCUUGGGAAAAAAGGAGUCUUUCCUGAAAACUUCACCCAGAGGAUGUGAGAGCCUGUGAUCCGCUAGAUCUGUGUUAUCCCUUCUAUAUAACUCCUUAUUGCUUCCCUUCAAAAUGCAGACAAAAACUGUACUACACCAACAAAUGCACAGCCACAGGCAAUCUGCUGGUUAUGUUUGUGAAAGAUGUUGACAGGUUAGUCUUUGAAUUGUUUUGGGUGUCCUUACCGUGACUCAUAUCUGUCAUGGUGCAAGUAUAAGAAGACUGGAUCAACCUUUGGCAAAAUAAGUGGUAUUCUGUUAACUAGUUUUGCCUUUUUUAAUAGAUGGAGUAACAUACCCAAAGUAAGUCCUUGCUGUAAAUGUUUUUAGACUAGCCAGUCUUAACCAUGUCCCAUUUUGUGUGGAAAUGUUUUAAAGUCAUAUCCCAAAUGAGCUCACAAAAUGGUGAGAAAUCAGUCUAAUAGUCUAAUACAGAGCACUAUUUGAGCUGCAUGAUAUAUAUAUAGUUAUGUCACAGGUGGAAGCAAACAGUAUUUCUUUUUAAAAUAUGUAUGGCUUAAUAUAAUGUAAAUGAUGUCUCUUAAAUGUGUAGUAGAAAAAAAUGUAAAAAUCCAAUUUUAUUUUGCACUGUGGGGGGGCGACGUUAUUUCGAUGAUGUAAAACGGUUGCACUCUGUAAGCUACUGCCACUACCUGUUGCUAUUUUUAUCACAGCACAAAUAAAAUUCUAAUAUGAUGACCACAGCUACUGAAAGAGCUUACAGGAUAUUGCCUUUGGAUAUUGAUUGAAAUCCACGCUGAGAAACUCCUUCAGUGGCUACGCCAUUAUGACAACCGUCGACAUGUUUGCAUCCUGCCAGGAUGGCAUCUAGCAUUUCUUGUCUCUGCCAUUUGUAAGCUCUUUCAUUGGCUGUGGUCUACUAAAAGCCUCAAAGGCAUCAGUGGAGAGAACAAAGACUCUCCACUUUUUUCUGCUCUUUUUAUUGCUAGGAAAACUUACAUUGCUUCUCUAGAUGCCCUUUGACUGAAAAAAGCCAAAAAAGCCACAAAAUGUGGUCAUCAUAUCAGUAUUUUUCAAGUUGCGUUGCGGUAAAAAUAGCAACAGGUAGCGCCAGUAGCUCACUGACUACAACCAUUUCACGUCACUGAAAAAAUGGUGCCCCCCAUAGUCCAAAAUAUGUGUAAAAUGAUGUGGAUUUUUAAAAUAAUGUAAAUAUUUCAUGGGUUUUCUAUUACAUAUUUCAGUAAAAGACAUCAUUUACAUUAUAUUAAGCCAUACGUAAGUAAUACAGAGUCAAAGAUCUACCAGCAUCAUUUCUGCAUGUUUAAAUCGGGAACAAACAAAUAAAACAGACUAAUAUAGUUAAAGGAGUAUUUUAUCCUUUUCAUUACCAAACAAAAAACAUAUGCACUCAUUCCAUAUGCAGUUGAUGUCGACACUAAUUAAGCUGACGUAUUUAUAAUCCCAGACCCUUGCUCAGGUUAUAUUUAUAUGAACCUGUGUGCUAUCUUUCACUCUUAGCUUUACCUACACACAAUAUUACUAUCCACUGAUUCUUUUUUCUUUUUUGAUGAAGCCAUUUCAGGUAUUAAUAUGUGAUUAUAUUGUAUACUGUGGAAACGGAGUCAUAUACACAGUUUGUCUCUGUCAUUAAGUAAAAUACGUUUUUUAUUCAGCGAAGGAGAAUUUCUGUCCUUCUUAACAUGAAAUGCAAUAAUCUCUGCACAAAUUUUUAUUUCUUUAUGAACUGCAUUCAUUGACUUGUAGGAGAUAUUGGAUACUGGCAUUUUAAGUGGAUAUUAAUGCUCACUUGUGUGCAACAUUCAAAAGUGACUCAAAAUAUGCAUAAUAUGAAUUCAGUCCUCUUACACUGUAAUUAUAGUUUUAUUUUUGUACAUUGUGAGACAAAUGAGGGUUAAAAUGAUUCUAUGUGCCAUGAACACUGGCUUUUAACUGGGGUCUUUUUCAGUGUUGUAUACCCUGGUCUUUUCACGUUUGGAUCAGAACGUACCAUCAGUCUCAGAGCAGAGCAGGUUUAGUGAGGAUAUGAGCUUUUAUAUGGACCGAAAUUGGUAUGGCAGAGAUAUUGAUUCUGCAAUCAUCUGUUGUGCUGAAUGAGAACGUUUCCUUUUUGUUUGGUUUGCUUGCUACCCCUGAUCUCCUGCUAACUGGACGUCAUGUGACCCAAGCUUGGACAGAGUUCUUGCCACGCUUCACCAGUUUUGAAGCAAGUGUAUGUGUUUGCGUGCUUGGUUUUUUUGUAACCAGUACUGAGAAAUCAAUGUGAUCUGUAUAGAGGCUGAUUACUGAGUUAUUUAAGCUGCCAAUGCAUCUUUAAUGACCUCUCGCGCAAGCUCUUAAUUAAAUCGAAAGUCCUCGUGGGCAGACAAACUCUUCCUCUUCAUGUAUUUGAGCGCAGUUACGAUAUUUGCUAGCGUUGUUGUGUUGUUGCACCUGUAGCUGUGAACAUUGUGUAGUUUUGUUGAGUUUUGUCACUAAAGAUUGAAAUUCUCUGAGCAUAUCUAUAUCUGUAGUAAGUGUGAAUGUGAAAGGGGCAUGCUUAAAUCCAUGAGCAGUGUGUCUGUGUGUAGUGACUUGAUGUUUUCUUGCUGAGGUGGCCUGGGAAAUCAAGGCCACUUUUUGCCACUAUAAGCCAUGAGUGUAGUCAUUCUACAGUCCUGUAUCCUGCUGACUCACCAAUGCUAAUAAACAUGGAUUUAAUCCUGUCAUAUUUCA